GCAAUGUAAGAUGGAGAUGGAGAUGAGAUGGAGAUGGAGAUGGAGAUGGAGAAAAAAGAAAAAGAGGAGAAGCAUAAAGGAAAAACAAGGAAACAUGGCAAGGCAGUGUGACAGCCAAGGUCCGGCGAGGGACCAGAAAUCAAGUUUGGUCACUGGUGGGAGACUACUUAAGCUUGGACAAAUGGCUCCCAAUGAUAUCCACAUGCAGUCUUGUGGAAGGAGUUUCAGGUCAACCAGGCUGUGUUAGAUACUGCUCCAUGGUUCCAUCCACCGACAUCGCCGGAGAAGUACCUCCCAAGCUUUGGGUAAACGAGAGACUCUUAACUUUAGACCCUAUUGGUCACAGUCUUAGCUAUGAGAUCACAGAGAACAACAUGGGUUUCACAAGAUACGUGGCAACGUUGAAGGUGGUAGGUGGUAGUGGUGGUGGUGAUGAUGAUGGAUGUAGCUUGGAAUGGUGUUUUGAGGCUGAUCCAGUGGAUGGAUUCAGUGAGGAGAGUCUUGUUGCUUAUCUUCAGAAUGGACUUGAUGGCAUGGCUGCCAAGGUUGAAGAUGCUCUUCAUGCAUGAAUGAUCAUCACAUCUUGUGAGCUUUGAUUUAUGCACUUGAUUACUUGCUUUAAUGGUUUGAGAGUUUUUUCUUCUUUUUCUUAAUCUGUGUUUGUGUGUGUGUUUUUUUAACUUAAGUCUGUUUUGUUGUCUCUGUUUAGAAUUCUUCUCUCUUAGUUUGUUCUUGUUUUAGUUUCUUUGGUCUGUGUACUCGUUCCUAUAAAUUAUGGUUUAUUUACUGUAAAAAAAAUUAAAAAAAAAAAAAACUGUGUUGGAGAUA